GAAAUCGAAAAAACUGUGGUAUCCUAAAAAAACUAUCUAACCGAAUAAUUAGAUCUUUCGGGAUGCUCAGCCAUGCAAACGGGGCUAUUUGCUAUCGGAAUAAUUAGAAGUUCUGUGGGUGGGACGAGCGGCGUUGAACUGUAGCGGAAGACCGAUCCAUUUUCACAAAUUUCUCCUGUGGAAAUGGCCAGUGGCGGAGCCCUUCGGCAGCCCAUUGGCCCAGGUCUGCUCUGAGCCUCUGAGUGACCCCGAACCUAGGCGACGGCCGACGAGGCUUCCGCGGUCUGCUCGGGACUCCGCACCCGUCCGCGCCGCAUCUGCCUCCAGGCGAUUCGGCUCCCGGCCUCCGCGUCCGCACAGAUCGCGCCGCCUCGCCACGCCGCCGCCUCCCGACUGCCCAUCUGCCGCGGCCGCGCCCACCGCCCGACUGCCCGUCUGCCGCAGCCGCGCCCACCGCCCAUCGCCCUCUGCUCCCGGCCACACCUGAGCGGCCGAGCCCGACAAGCGGCCGCGACAUUGCCACACUCCUCCGCGACAAACAGUAGGACACCGCACGCAUCACGACAUCAGGGCUGGCUCCACCACUGGAAAUGGCGGCACUGGUGCCGGAGUGGGCUACCAAGGAGCCCUGCCUCAUGGGGAUCGAUGAGGCUGGCCGUGGCCCUGUCCUCGGUCCUAUGGUGUAUGGAUGUGUGUACUGCGCGUGCUCUUACAAUAACACUCUUGCGACUCUCAAAUUCGCAGAUUCAAAGACGUUGAAGGAAGAACAAAGAGAGGAGCUAUUUGAAAGUUUAAAGGCCAAUAGCUCUAUUGGGUGGGAAGUGGAUGUCAUAUGCCCAAAGGAUCUAUCUGCUAAAAUGUUAAAAAGGUCGAAAGUUAAUCUGAAUGAAAUAUCACAUAACUCUGCCAUGGGUCUUGUUAGAAAAGUUCUUGACAUGGGAGUUCUACUGGCAGAAGUAUAUGUAGAUACAGUGGGAGAUCCUGAAAAGUACAGAACCAAGCUGACAGAAAAGUUUCCAGGGGUCAAAUUUGUGGUUGCCAAAAAAGCUGAUAGCCUUUACCCUGUUGUUAGUGGAGCAAGUAUAGCUGCAAAGGUCACUAGGGACAGAGCGUUGCGAAACUGGGUGUUUGAUGAAACAGCUCUGAGUCUGCACAUGAGAACUGGAUCAGGAUAUCCAGGAGACCCUGAUACUAAGCAAUGGUUAGAAGAUCACAAGCAUCCGGUAUUUGGCUUCCCAACUUUGGUUCGUUUCAGUUGGGGAACUUGUAAGCCCUUCUUCAAGGACGCAGUUGAUGUUACAUGGGAGUCUGAUGAAGUUGAUGAAGAAGGGACUGACAAUGGAGGUGCCAAGCGACAAGUCAAGCUUUCAAGCCUAGGCUUCACUGGUUUCAAAAGGAAAACCGAGGAUAUCGAAUCAAGCGGAAAAGGUCGUUGCAAAUUCUUCCAGGCUCGCAAACUUGAGUUGGUCAGGAAGUUUCAGUGAUGUGUCCUAAUUUGGUAGUACGUACUUAUAUUUGUGGUAGCUGGAGUGUUUGGUUUAGUUUGUUGUAGAGCCUAAUUUGAAACUGGUCUAAAUUGGAUGUUGAGAUUGGAAUGGGAAGAUAAUGAUUUUCCCCACAUUGCUACUUCUGCCAUUUCCUACGUGCCGCAGUAGUUACUGGAUGCUACUGCGAGUUUAUUUGCUAAACUCGCUUUACUGUUUCUUUGCAAUAUUGACGGACGUUUAUUUG